AUGAACGAUAAUGAGGAUGAAGCUACAACAUUUUGCGAUUCUACGUCAGCACUGGUUGAGGGUUGUCGACUGCCAGUUCGUAUGCAAGGUGGCAAUGACUGGCCCCUCGCAGAGAUUAUUAGUAUAAAGGAAGUAAGAGGUCAAAGAGGCUAUUAUGUCCAUUAUGUUGACUUCAACAAACGAUUAGAUGAGUGGGUUGGAGAGUCAUGGCUGGAUACACGGAAGGUUCAGUUCCCAAGAAGAGAUGGUGCACCUUCUGGUGGCACUACCACUCCAAAGAAAACUCAUAUUGGAUCAGGAGGUGGCAUAAUGCCUCAGUUUAUUAAUGAUAACGUCUGCAAUGAACCUCAAAGCUCUCAUAACCAUAGAGACUCCAAUGCAAAGCAACAAAUUCAACAUAAAUUGCCAGAGAGAGCCCAUAAUAGCAAUGCCCUCAAUGGCACCGCACAAAAAUACACACCUGCUGUUACAGGUGAGCCACGACAGUUGGUUUCUAGACCAGCCAGCCCGACUCUUGUUAAUGAAUCUAAUACUUUAGUGAAUGGAGGUGCAGUCCUUGCUGCAGCCCUUCAAAAGAAAAUGAAUAGGAAACGUAAAGCUAACUCUCUAGAAAAUGAGGAACCUCCAUCCCAAGAUUCACUUGAUAGUGGUGAAGCUGCUCCAAGUGGAACGGCAACCCCAACAACUCGACCACGACAAUCCGGCAGUUUAGUGGCCCACGGACAUGAUGACCUCGUAACGCGGAUGAAGAACAUAGAAAUGAUAGAGCUGGGACGCCAUCGGAUACGGCCGUGGUAUUUCGCACCGUAUCCGCAGGAAAUGGUCAAUUUACCUUGUAUCUAUAUAUGCGAAUUCUGUUUGAAGUACAGGAAAAGUAAAAAGUGCCUCGAAAGACAUUUAAUAAAAUGCAAACUAAAACAUCCACCGGGCAAUGAAAUUUACCGAAAAGGCAGUAUUUCAUUUUUCGAAAUUGACGGUCGAAAGAACAAAUGCUACGCUCAGAACCUCUGCCUGCUAGCAAAACUGUUCUUGGACCAUAAAACCUUGUAUUAUGAUACGGACCCAUUUUUGUUUUAUGUUAUGACAGAGUUCGAUGCUAGAGGAUUUCAUAUAGUUGGAUAUUUUUCGAAAGAGAAAGAGAGCACUGAAGACUACAAUGUAGCGUGUAUUUUAACUUUACCUCCAUACCAAAGGAAGGGAUACGGAAAACUUCUUAUAGAGUUUAGUUAUGAAUUAUCGAAAUUCGAAGGGAAAACUGGAUCGCCAGAGAAACCUUUAUCGGACCUUGGACUACUAUCGUACCGAAGUUAUUGGGCGCAAACUAUACUGGAUAUACUUAUAAACGUUAAACCCGUUGGUGACAAUGAAAAACCCAUUAUAACUAUCAAUGAAAUCUGCGAAUUAACAAGUAUAAAGAAAGAGGACGUCAUUAGUACAUUGCAGAAUUUAAAUUUAAUUAACUAUUACAAGGGACAGUAUAUAAUUUCUGUGAAUCAGGAAACCGUUCAGCAACACGAAAAAGCUAUGGAAAAGAAGUUGUUACGUAUCGACCCCAAAUGUUUGCAUUGGACGCCGAAAGAUUGGUCUAAGCGAGCGAAAUGCGUUUGA